GUAAACCAGUUGACGAGGUUGUGAACCUUCAUCGACUGAGAUGGUUGAGACAUGUAUUACGUAAGCCUAGUCGCUGUCUGCCUCGUCACACAAUGUUGGCUGAAGUAGAUUCAGGCUGGAAAAAGGCCCGAGGUGGCCAGACUAAAACAUGGCAUCAAUGUAUGCAGUCUUUGACUGUUGGUUUAAGUCAUGUGGGGCUAUGUAGACUAGCCGGUUAGGGUCCACGGGACACGAGGAACCAGUGGUUGGAGACUGUAGGCGAUAUGGCUGAGAACCGAUGUCAGUGGCGCAGAUGUUUACACGCAUUAUUCUCAUCUUAACAACACUAUACUGAAUCCCACCAUUUUCUCAUUCUACCUUUCUCUUUUCGUACUUUAUAUUUCUUUUGUCUGAAUUGUUUUCUGAUCUUCACCUUCCACUUAACUGACUUUCUACUCGAUGUACUGAUAUGAGCUGUGGCAACUCGGACCGUUACGCGAUAAUACCUGUUCCUAUUUUGAUUUGCAUGAAUGGAUGGACUGAAUGAUGUUUCGACCACAAGGAUUGUCAUAAUGAGUCACAGUAUAUGCUCGAAAUGUUACCUAGUAAGUAAUCAUGUAUCACAAUGUUCUAUACUAAGAAAGCAAUCUAAUCAAGAAUCAUCUUACCGUCAAUUGAUUUCUUUGAUUGGAGCCUUACAUGCUUUUGCUUUUGGCUUCCCAUUUUCUAAUCCAUGCUUGUUCAUUUAUCGUUCGUUGUCACAGGACAUAACACUUGAAUGUUUCUUCCAUCUGAAUUUAUUGAAUCCAUUACUGUAUGGUUUCCACAAUCAGCUACCGCAAUCGUCUGUAGCUAAAAAAGUUACGUGCUUCCUGUGUAGUUAUCCUGACUUCAAGCUCAGCUCUUCCGUUGGUUACGAUUAGCAAUCACUUGUUUGCAUAUUAGUUUCUGUGUA